UUCAGGACGAGGCAAGCUUUUCUUCCGCUCACCACCAGAGUAAGAAGAUAUACCUACAUGUAAGCCUUGCAAAAUGGCGGCGGUGUGGCUGUCUGUGCUGCUUGUUUUGACAACAUUGUUCGACGAAACGAAAUACGUUUUCCGUGAAACCAACCAGCGAAUGACUGCGGGAUACGUGAUUCCAAGAAACUGACCUUUGGCUUUACAGAUUCCCAGAAAGAUGAGCUCAAAAAGACGACAGUUUACCUGACCGGUAGGGGGAUGGAUGGAGUUGGAGAACAGGCAUUUUUUUGCUCUUUGCAAACGACAAACCUCUCGUUUCUGUCAAGGGAAAGGAGCGCUAGCUCGACUAUCCGUUAAAUAUAACGCUAUAUUCAUUCAGAAUUCUCACCAGAGAAAGAGAUGAAACUUAAAAAAUACGGAAAGUGUGGUACCCCUCCCCUAAUGACAAGAUGGAAGGCAUACAUAUUUAUAUUCUUGAAAUAUUGAUGGUAUCGAACGUUUUUUAACGAUGGCUACCGAAGAGGGUGGAAACAUUGAUUCUUUAGUGUCAAUUAUUUGCAAGGAUGCUCUGGAACGCCGUAAUUUCAAGAGUAAAUGUGAGGAAUUCUUAACAAAGGUGUCUGUCCCAGCUGGUUGGGAAGGCAAUGCGUACAGACUUCACAAGGGAAACCCUACAUACAGAUACCGUAAAAAAUGUUUGUCAGAUUUUAUUCACAAGAGGGUAUCGGAGGGUUUUACAGUGAAGAGCGGUGCCAGUACAACAAAGCAAUUUUUUGAUGAACUCCAAGAAUUCUCAGAGUCAUCAGAGUCAGAUGACAGUUUUUCUGAGUUUUGGAGUUCUGAACGCCCAGCAUUAAUUGAUUUAUUUGAGCAAAACAUCAAGCUUUGUGGCCCAGUGGUGCGGAAAUCUGACACAGAGCUCAAGGUGUCAGUCUUGAUAAAAACAAGAGGUCGCAAUAGACAAGAUGACAAUUUGUCUCUCACUGAACAUGUUGUUGAUCUCCAAAAUGAAUUUGAGGAUGGUUAUUGCAUGAAAGUGGGAGACAUUGUUGAAGUUACCAAGUGUAGGAGGAAUAAGAGAGUUGCGUUUGAACCAGAAGUUAUAAAGUGUUACUCUCUUGAUCAGAAUGAAAUGGACUCUUUUUUGGAACUUGUAUUAAACUCUGUAGAGACUGAGGGCUCAACUGCUGCUGUGACUGAACUGUCAAGGUGCCAUGCUGUAUGGGAUUACAUCCUGGAACUUUCAGUAGAAAAAUACACUCCAGAGAUGGCCUUAAAGAUUCUUUCAAUCCUUGACAAGAUUUGUUCUAGUGAGCAGAAACAAAUGUCUCACACAGUCAGUAAAAUAGUGAGAGGUUUUCAACAGAGUGUGUUCUUCACAUUGUUCCUUCCUGGCUUUGUUGAGAACAUGAUUGAGGAAAGUAAUAUCAGUGUAGUUCAGAGUAUUCUGGAACAUGUGGUUAGUGCUGUUCCUGCUUCUGGUCCAAAAGUGUUACCAUUGGCAAAAGUUCUUUCUCAGAACUUGGUGGAUGGAUCGUGUGAUUUACAAACAGCAAAAAGAAAUGGACAAUCAAUCAUUGGUUUUUUAUCAAAGUUGUCAUCAAUCAUCGCAUUAAAUGUGCCUGAAGCUUUAGAAGAUCUUCAGUCCCUGCAGUGGAAGGAUCUUCCCUUGAUACCAGUUGUAGAUGAGAUUCACAAGCCAAGGGUGACCACAGAUGACUUGCCAGUGAUUAGAGAACAGGGAAAGUAUUUAACAGAAGACGAAUACUUCAAUACUAACUUCAGACUUCUUAGAGAGGAGUGCUUUUACAAGCUACGGAAGGGAAUCCAUGAUUUUGUUACUCCUGGAAACAAGUGCGAUUUUAGAGAGAUGAUGAUGUACAGGAUUUCUCUGGGAGGGGUGUCCACUUGCCAUGAAAAGUCUCCAACUGCAAUGUUGCUUUCACUGAAAUAUGAAGUGCCUGAUAAUAUCGAGUGGGAGCCAGACAAUUGGCUACUCUUUGGAGAUCUCCUGUGUAUCUCAAUUGAUGGAUCUUUUCAAGAACCUGUUUGGGCUGUGGUGGAAAAGCACAUUGCUAAACAAUGGAUUGUAAGGAUCAGUCUUUGUGACAAAGCAAACAAGCUAUCUGAAGCAGAGUUUAUUGCAAAGAUGCAGGAGAUUACACACAGAAAUGAAAGAGCAUUCAUGGCAGAGAGCCAAACCUUCUACCUUGCCUUUGCUCCAGCCAUGGAAGUUUUACAGCACAAAGAUCAUGUUCCAUUCAAGGAAUUCUUGGUUUAUCCAAACCCAGAUUACAUGGAGCCAGCAGAAUACAUCAAUGAAAUCAAGAGCCCUCCUGAUUGGGGUAUCAUUUUUGACAGAGACUCGCUGCUUUGUUACAAAGGAGAGUCUUCUAACUACUCACUCCUGAAGGACUUCGAAAGAAUACGGCUAAACAGCAGUUGUAAAUCCAAGCUUGAUGAGACACAGCUUGCUGCAGUGGAGCUGGCAUUAAAGAACAAGCUUGUGUUGAUUCAGGGCCCUCCAGGAACUGGAAAAUCGUUUGUGGGUGUGGCCCUAGUUCAACUUCUUUUGUCCAUGAAUGUACCACAGAAUCAUGGACCCAUUCUGGUUGUGACUUAUAAGAAUUUUGCCUUAAACAAUUUCUUAUUGGAUUGUAUAAAGAAAGUCUCAUCUCCUAAUGUGAAGAUUGUUCGUGUUGGCACUGUGGCUGAAGAUGCUGAUGGAAGGUUGAAGCAAUGCUUGUUGAGAGAGGUGGGACGUUCCAGGCCUGAACAAUUCAGGCAAAAGAGAAAGCUGCUUGGAAGACUUUGGGGCAUGCAAUCUGAAGUCAGGAGAGCGUUCGAGAAGCUUAGAUUUUCCAGCAUUUUCAAUGCAGAUAUGUUCUUGGAAGAAGCUUCAGAUGAGCAGACUAGAAGCCUUCUGGUGGAUAAUGAGAAGACGACAGUUGACAGAGCAGAAGUGGAGACUUUGCUUAAAGAGAAAGAUCAUAAUUACAGUAGCAAGUCCCGUCUCAGAGGUGCACAUUCAUUAAAACUGUUUUAUUUAAAUUUCUCAUUCUAUAUUAAAAGCAUCAAAAAAAUAAAAAAUAACAAUAAGAAUAAAAACAGUAGAACUCAGAGACUCGUUGAAUGCGUUAAUUUUAGGUCUGUUGGUAUUGCUAAACAAAAAAGCAAAGACGAGCAAGACCAGGAAAAUCCCAACGACUUCAGGGACCCUUCUGUGGAGGAAAAAGAACGACUCCUUGCUGUUGACAAAGAUGAAGAGGAAGAAGGAUUCGUGAAAGAAGAAGUCACUGACUUGAAAAACGCUGUCAGUGGUGCGGAGAUUUCGUCCCGCAGGCUGAUUUGCGUCGAUGAAACAAAGGUGAAGCCUCAUAAAAAUCUCUUGGACGCUGUUAAAGUGUGGGAGCUUGAUGAAAAUGAAAAAGUCCAGCUUGUUUACGUUUUCCAAAGCAGGAACUAUAAGAAGGCCAGUCGUGACUUCCUAGAUGUCAGCAGCGAGUACACGGAGAUACAUCAUCAGUUUAAGGAGCUGAGAAAUCAUCACGACAUUGAAGUCAUGAAAAGAUGCGAUGUUAUCGGUAUGACUGUGACUGGUGCCACAAUAAGAGCAAACAUACUAGCCGACAUAAAACCUGCUGUUAUGAUUGUGGAAGAAGCUGCUGAAAUCCUUGAAGGACAGCUUGUGGCCGUUAUACCACCCUCUGUACAGCACCUUAUCAUGAUUGGCGAUCACAAACAGCUGAAACCUGUAGUGCACUUCCACAGACUCAGGAAACACCAUCAUCUCGACCUGUCUAUGUUCGAGAGACUUGUCAACUGCAAGAUCCCUCACAAACAACUUGGGUUCCAGUGUCGAAUGAGAGAUGAGAUUGUUGACUUGCUUCGAGAGCUCAAGAUUUACAGCGAUCUUAAGACAAAUCCUAAGCUGGUCGAAGGCAAUGUUUUUCCAGCUUGUGUUGAAUCCAGCAUGUACUUCUGGACUCACACAACUUGGGAAAGUGAAUCAAGCGAAACGUCCAAGCGAAACACUCGAGAGGCCAGAGAGAUCACGGAAGUUGCAACAACAUUCUGUGUAAAGGGUGGAGUUCCGCCAUCAAAGAUUACAGUUCUCUGCUCUUAUCGUGGACAGGUCCUGGAAAUAAGGAAGCAAUUUGGAAAUUCAAAUGUUUCAGCUCUCGCAGAUAUAGUCGUCACCACAAUUGACAGUUUUCAGGGGCAAGAAAAUGAUAUAAUCCUCAUUUCUUUGGUCCGAAGCAACAAGGAAGGAAAGAUUGGCUACUUGUCAUCAAUGAAUCGACUCUGUGUGGCAAUAUCUCGGGCACGGUGUGGUCUGUAUCUAUUUGGAAAUCACGCGCACUUGGCAAAGGCUUCCAGAAAAGGGUGGAAGGUUCUUACUGAUUUUAUGUGGAAGAGGAAACGUCGUGGAUCAAGGUUUCCUUUCGUUGAUAAUCCCAAAUCAGCAUUGCCCUCUGAAAGUCAAUUGGAAGGAAGCGUCAGUACUAGGGAGAAACCCACGUCGAACACGACGAUACAUGCUCAUACAGUUAUCGUGGGAGGCGAAGGCUCAGUGAAUACAAUCACUACUUCUCCAGGAAAUCCAGCAUCAGGGACGAGACCCCCUCGGCAUUUGGAAAUGCCAAUCCCGCCGUCUGGAAAGAUUCCUGCUCACGAUCCAAAGUCGCCAACACCACAAGAAGGAUGUCCGCCUCGAAGCAUGGAGGGAGGUGGUGGUAGUGCUGACACAAGGCCAGGUUUUGUGCCUGUGCAGGUGACGGGAAGGGAAGGUCAUGGAGCUGAUGCGGAAUCUACCAAAGAAGCAAGAAUGCCCACCCAGGUGACCCCAGAAGCGGAGAAAUCGACUCUUGAUUCGAGCAAGAUUGAAAAGGCGAAAGAAAUACCAGUUCAAGAAACAGAAAACCCCCAAAACAGCUUUACUGAGAAGACUGCUACGGACGAAGAAUUUAUAGCAGAUGACAAGGAGGCAAGGCAACCCACCCAAGAGACCCCAGAAGCAGAGAAAACGUCUGUUGAUGUCAGCAAGUUGGAACACAUGAAAGAAAAGCCUGUGCAAGAAUCUGAAAAUCCAAAGAGCAGUAUGUCUGGCACACUUGUCAUGGAAGAUGAAUUUAUGAAGGAAGCGCCAGUACAGGAAAGCGAAGAAGCGAAAGCGAAAAAGGACGAGCUGAAAGAAAACCCAGAAAGAAGUGUAAGGCACGUUUUUCAAGAAGGCGACUUAAAAGAACUUGCUAAGGACAGACAGGAAUCAAAAGACCCAACUAAUGAGGAUUCAAAGGUCGAGAUUGAAGACCAGAGAGAUGGCAGAGGGGAGCAGCCUCUACAGGAAACACAUGGGCCUGGCAAAGCACAGCGAACAGAGGCAGAGGAUACAACACAAGUCAAGGAAGACGAGGAAGCUCGUGAAGAGCUUUCUGAAGGGACGCCACUUCAGGAAAGCGCCAGUUCUGACGUCCAAACCGAAACUUGUAAAGAGGAACCUUUGCCCACUCAAGAAACUAUGCCCGCGGGUAAAGGUCCUUUUGAGGAGACUGGGCUCGAGGUAGGAGUCAAGGGUCAACCUUCAGUUUCUGAAGGGAAACCUCUUCAGGAACGCGACAGCUCUGAUGUCCAAAACAAAAGUUGUGAAGAGGAAGCUAAGCCCACUCAAGAAACUAUGCCCGCGGGUAAAGGUCCUUUUGAGGAGACUGGGCUGGAGAUAGGAGUCAAGGGUCAGCCUUCAGUUUCUGAAGGGAAACCACUUCAGGAACGCGACAGCUCUGAUGUCCAAAGGAAAAGUUGUAAAGAAGAAGCUUUACCCACGCAAGAAACUAUGGCCGCGGGUAAAGGUCCUUUUGAAGAGACUGGGCUCGAGGUGGGCGUCAAGGGAAAACCAACAGACGAGCAAGAAUAGUAAAAUUACUGUAUUUGAAAAUCGUGACAAGAGUGUAUUUUGUGCUUAUGAAGCACAAGUAGAAGCUUGUGUAAGUUCUGUGUAUAAUUUCUGCCAUUACUUUGUUUAUUUUUUAUGUCUUUUUACAAUUAUUGGCUGUUUAGUUGGUUGGAGUUUUAAAUGGGGCAAACACGAUCAAUUUCUAAUCAAUUUCCAAAGGAAUUCUCUUUUUAAUGACAUGAGUUAAAUAUCAACAUUUAGGGAGUUGAACCACAAUAAGAAUGCAGGUUUUAUUUAAAUACAAUUUUGCGACAAUCAUUUUUUGAGAAGGGACAAUAAACAAAAGCUCGGAGGAAGACCGUUGAAGAUAGACGAGGACAAUAAGGACAAUGGCAAACACAACUCAUAAAAACUGUUAGUGAAGCAAUGGAUACCGGGGCAAAUGAGAUCAAGGAGAGCACAUUUUCAGCGGGGGUCCCACGGUCCCAUUGUAUAACGUCCUAUGUUGGAUGUUGGAAAAAGAAAUGCUGUCCUUGCCAUCUUGACCAAAAAAUCAAAGAAUGAUUGUCAAAUUUGUUGUUAUUGCUGUAUAUAUUUGAACUACUUGAGAUCGUGCUAGAAACAGGGUGCUUUCCAUUCGACCAUAAUUUCCGGCUAAAAUGUUUGGAUGAUGUUUCCGAAUUUCCUAAAGAGAUGAUAGUGAAUACCAUAAUUUUCGAAAAUUUCCCAAUGAAAGCUCCCUUUCCAUUCGAUUUUGAUCACGGAAUUUCCAGAAAUUUCGGUCAAGACAGUGGCAUUGCAGAACUUCAACAGCUUUCGGAUUCUCUGAAACGUUCCUUGGAAGCUAAGACUUGGACGAAUGUUGAAAAUAGCGCUUCUCAAACUCACUAAUAAUUCAUCAAGUUUAAAGAAAGGACAUCAUGACCGUGA